GGUUGUGGGCCUCUGCCUCCGCCUUCUCUUGUUUAGGUCUCGGCCUUUCUCUCCAAUCGCACCCACGCCCCCCAAUCUGAGGCGGGGAACUGCGGUAGCCGAGAGGAAAGACAAGUAUUAGAAGGAGGAGCAGAAGGAGGAGCAGAAGGAGGAGGAGGAGGAGGAGCAGGAGCCGCAGCAGGAGCAGCGGCCGCUAAGAGAAGCGGCGGCGGCUCUGGCCCGGCUCCCUAGAUUCGUUCAAGGCCUGGUAGAAGGAUCCGCCAUAUUGGAGCCGGUGUCGGCUGUGUCUCGGACUUGCGGCGGGAGGCCGGAGGAGGUGGAGGCCGCGGACCUGGCCUCUGCCUGGGGAGCUUGGCUCUUCAGGGGCCCCUGAACUCACCGCCGUGAAUGAGCCACUGAAGCCUGCUCUCCUCCCCGCCCUCCCCACUCCCAGCACUUUCCGCCGCCGGACAGAGCCCGGCGAGAGUCGGAGGCGGCAGCAGGAUGUUCUCUAAGAAGCCGCACGGGGACGUCAAGAAGUCCACUCAGAAGGUGCUGGACACCAAGAAGGACGCACUGACUCGUCUAAAGCACCUGCGCAUCGUGAUAGAGAAUGCUGAAUCUGUUGACCUUAAACAAUUUUUUGACCAACAUUUUUCACACAUAUAUUAUGUGUUCUUUGAAAAUUUUGUGACCAUUGAAGUUAGUCUGAAACAGAAAGGUCACAAGUCUCAGAGGGAAGAAUUAGAUGGUAUACUUUUUAUUUUUGAAAAAAUUUUACAGCUUCUUCCAGAAAGGAUUCAUCAGCGAUGGCAGUUUCACAGUAUUGGAUUGAUUUUAAAGAAACUCCUUCACACAGGAAACUCCUUAAAGAUCAGGCGUGAAGGUGUCCGUCUCUUCUUGCUAUGGUUACAAGCUCUUCAGAAUAACUGUAGUAAAGAACAGCUCUGGAUAUUUUCUUGCUUAGUUCCUGGAUUUGCCUCACCACUGUCUGAAUAUGGACCUCGGACUUUAGAUAAUCUCAUUAAUCCCCCACUUAACCUUCAAGAAACCCAAGUGACUAUAGAAGAAAUCACCCCUCUUGUCCCUCCGCAGUCAGGAGAUAAAGGACAAGAAGACCUCACAAGCUAUUUUCUAGAAGCACUUUUGAAAUAUAUGGUUAUUCAGGUAAAGAGCUUGGAAUGGAAGAACAAGGAAAACCAAGAAAAGGGAUUUUCAUUCUUAUUUUCACACUUUAAAAAAUACUACUUGCCUUACAUUUUCCCAAAUAUCUGCAAGGAAAACACCUUAUAUCAUCCUAUACUGGAUAUCCCACAGGUGAGACCAAAGCCACAUUAUAUAAUGAUAAAGAAGGAUGUUGAAAGCAAUGAAACAAUCUAUUGCACAAAAGAGCUUUUCCUCAAGGCUCGUGUUAUAGUCAUUCGCUGGCUGGUUUCUUUCUGGCUUGAGCCAAAACCUCAUACAGGACCUCAUAUUCCUGGAAUUGAAGGUGAAAUCUUGCCAAAGAAUAUUCAGAGGGCAGCUGCUGGUUUGGUUUCUAGAGAAGAAAACAAAAAUGACAGUUCUGAAAAAGCAGAAAGAACUGCUGAGCCAGAGCAAUCACAUUCUAAUACAAGUACCCUUACAGAAAGAGAACCAAGUUCAUCUAGCCUCUGUAGUAUUGAUGAAGAGCAUCUCACAGACAUUGAAAUAGUACGGAAGGUCUUUUCUUCUAAAAGAAGCCAUGUUAAUUUUGUCACAGAGAUCUUUCGACAGGCAUUUUUAUUGCCAAUUUGUGAAGCAGCUGCUAUGAGGAAAGUAGUGAAAGUAUAUCAGGAAUGGAUUCAACAGGAAGAGAAACCUUUGUUCAUGAAAGAGCCUGAAGAAAUUGAGAUUACUGAUAUAAAUUUACCUUGUAUUGAGAGUGAUGUAGAGCCUGAUGUUUCAUCAGAAGAAGGAAAAGAAAAGGAAGAGGAAAAAGUGACCAAGGCAUCAAGUCAUGUUCGAAAUUCCAGUUGGACAAAAAAUGGCUCCUAUCAAAAUACUCUCUAUAAAGGUUCUGAUAUGGAAGAUGCUGACCAAAAUAUACGAGCUGGUGCCCAGUUAAUAUUUCAGGUUUUUAUAGUCAACUCAUCAAAUAUAUUUCUUCUUGAACCUGCAAAUGAAAUUAAAAGUCUUUUAGAUGAGCACACAGAUAUGUGUAAACGUAUUCUUAAUAUUUAUCGGUUCAUGGUUGUACAAAUAUCAAUGGAUAAGAAGACUUGGGAACAGAUGCUGCUUGUAUUGCUAAGAGUCACUGAAUCUGUUCUGAAAAUGCCAUCACAAGCUUUUCUGCAAUAUCAGGGCAGAAAAAAUAUGACACUAGCAGGUCGACUUGCAGGACCUCUUUUUCAGACUCUUAUUGUAGCUUGGAUCAAAGCAAAUCUAAAUGUGUAUAUCUCCCGGGAGCUUUGGGAUGACUUACUGUCAGUAUUGUCAUCACUCACAUAUUGGGAAGAAUUGGCCACCGAAUGGUCAUUGACUAUGGAGACGCUAACUAAAGUAUUAGCUAGAAAUUUAUAUAGUUUGGACCUAAAUGAUUUACCAUUGGAUAAACUAAGUGAACAGAAACAGAAAAAGCACAAAGGCAAAGGAGUUGGACAUGAGUUUCAAAAGACAUCUGUUGACAAGUCCUUUUCCAAAGGAUGGAGCCGUGAUCAACCUGGACAAGCCCCAAUGAGACAGCGAAGUGCAACCACUACUGGAUCUCCAGGAACUGAAAAGGCAAGAAGUAUAGUUCGACAGAAAACAGUUGCCAUGAGAAGCCGAUCCAUUGGUGAAUGUGCUCUGCCAUCGGUCUAUAUACGCAGUGCUAAAAGUGCUCCUGUUCUGAUCCAUACUUCCAAACCCUUCUUGCCUGAUAUUGUUCUCACUCCCCUUUCUGAUGAGCUUUCAGACAUUGAUGAUGCCCAAAUACUUCCCCGGACAACUAGAGUCAGACAUUUUUCACAAAGUGAGGACACUGGAAAUGAAGUUUUUGGUACUUUGAAUGAGGAACAGCCAUUGCCACGAAGCAGUAGCACCUCUGACAUCUUGGAGCCUUUCACUGUUGAACGAGCCAAAGGUGCAGUUCCUGUCAUUGACAGUUCAUCCCGUCAUGCGCCAAGCUUGCAAAGUUCCACAAAGACCUCUACAAUAUCUAGAUCCACUGAAAGCUGCAUCAUUGAUUCUAAUAGUAGAGAGUCUUCUCUGGAAGUUGGUGAUAGCAUUUAUGACCAUCUUUGUCAUUUAAUAGGUCCAAUAGAACUUGCAGAUACAGCAUUUGAACAGAUCAAAUAUAGUGAUCUUGAAGGAGAUGAUGAUCUUUCUUCUCUUAAAGAAUAUCUUAAGGAAAAACAAGAAAAUCAUAGUAAUUCUGAUCUAGGCAGACUUGCAACUUCUCAAGAAGUGAUAACAUCAUUAAAUAAGAAAGAGAAAUUAUAUACCAGAAUAGAUUAUGUAGAUCAGACUGUUAAACCAAAAGACAGCACCCCUAGUAUAGCAAUAGUGGAGAAUGUGGAGUUUCACUUAGAACAAAAUGCAGGUGAUUUCGUAAGUAACAUUACAUGUAAUCAGUCAUACAAUUUCACAAGAUCGCAGGCUUUUGAUAAAUCUAAGCAAAUAUACACUGAACCUGAAUCAAGUUGUCCCUAUGAUAAAGAAGGAAAAAGAUAUCUUCACAGACAAACAGCUACUGAAGCAGAUAUAGGUGUGAACAUAACAUUAACUGAAAAACUUAAAGGUAUCCACAUUAAUGAAAAAAUUAGUGUUCCAUGUAUUUUGGGUGUCAAGAAAAUUCCAUUAAAAUCUCCAGUUAAUUAUGAAAUAUCUCACAUUAUGGAUACCUGUAAACUUUCUCCAACCAAAAGGAGCCUUUCUGAAACAGUAAGCUGUAGGGCCAAAAUCAUGAGAAAUACUUCUAAGAAAAGAAAUAGUGUCCAUGUUACCUUUAGACCAUCUACUGAAUCUGUUCAGUUUUAUAAUCCUCUAGAAAAUAAAGAAGCUCCAUGGAAGGCAAAACUACGUAAGCUCAGUGGCUUCAGCAGUAGCAGUAGCACUAGUAGCAGUGACACCAAUGCUAAUAUUAGUUCAAAUAUUACCACAGAAGUAGUCAAACCUAGUGUAUACAAACCUUUGGAUAUAAUGAGUACAGCAUCAAUAAAUAGUAAAACAGUUAAAGAAUCCACAGAGAUACAUGCAACCUUGUUAAAGCAAGAAAGUUUUAAAGUUAAUCAUUCAGGUAGUCGUACUAUUCUUAGGUCUUCAAGUCAUGAGUUAGGACUACAACAGGGAUCCCUGGGUGGCGUUUAUAAAACUGUUGUACAUGCUCUUUCGAAGCCGAAGGCAAAUGUUUCCCCACAGAGGCAGAACAGAGUGCCACCAGAGGCUCCACUGAGGGAUCUGUACAGUCAUGUAAUGGGCUAUUUUGGAAGGAAAGCUGCAGCCAGUAAAGAGGAUGUGAGUCAAAAACUGCACCUUCUUAACAGUGAUAUUGGCAGCAGCAAUGCUAAUGUUCCUGACCUGAUGGAUGAGUUUAUAGCUGAAAGACUUCGAAGUGGUAAUACCUUGAAUAUGACAAGAAGAGGGAGCAGUCCAGGCAGCCUUGAAGUUCCAAAAGAUCUUCCUGAUAUACUGGAAAAGCAGAAUCAAAUGCGUCCUAUAGAUGACCCAGGUGUGCCCUCAGAAUGGACCUCUCCUGCCAGUGCAGGCAGCAGUGACCUUAUCAGCUCAGAUAGCCAUUCUGAUUCUUUCAGCGCUUUCCAGUAUGAUGGCCGGAAAUUUGACAAUUUUAGCUUUGGAGUUGAUGCUGCAACACUAUCUUCUACUGAAAUUGAUGCAACUUUAGGACAUCAACAAAGUACAGAAGAAUUGGAUAUGGCAAGUUUAACUACAUUGCACAUAGAUUCUGAAACAAGCAGUCUUAACCAACAGCCAUUUUCUGCUGAAGUUGCCACUAUUACUGGUUCAGAAAGUGUUUCUCCAAUUCAUUCUGCUCUGGGAUCCAGAUCACAGACACCAUCCCCUGCUAAUCUGAAUGCAGAUCAUAUUGAACAGAAGGACCUUCAGUUGGAUGAGAAGCUCCAGCAGUCUGUUUUGCAAACCCCAGAUGACCUAGAAACAAGUGAGUUCCCAUCCGAGUGCUGCAGUGUGAUGGCAGGAGGUACUCUCACAGGAUGGCAUGCAGAUGUUGCUACUGUAAUGUGGAGAAGAAUGCUAGGCAUUUUGGGAGAUGUUAAUACUAUUAUGGAUCCUGAAAUACAUGCUCAAGUGUUUGAUUACUUGUGUGAACUUUGGCAGAAUUUAGCCAAGAUUAGAGAUAACCUUGGAAUUUCAACUGAUAACAUGACUUCACCUUCUCCACCAGUUUUAAUACCUCCUCUGAGAAUCCUUACUCCUUGGCUUUUCAAGGCAACUAUGUUGACUGAUAAAUAUAAACAAGGCAAAUUACAUGCCUAUAAACUUAUUUGCAACACAAUGAAAAGAAGACAAGAUGUAUCACCAAAUAGAGACUUUUUAACACAUUUCUAUAAUAUAAUGCAUUGUGGACUACUCCAUGUUGAUCAGGAUAUUGUAAAUACAAUCAUCAAGCACUGCUCCCCUCAAUUUUUUUCACUUGGCUUGCCUGGUGCCACAAUGCUUAUUAUGGAUUUUAUUGUAGCAGCUGGUAGAGUAGCUUCUUCAGCAUUUCUUAAUGCACCAAGAGUAGAAGCACAAGUUCUGCUGGGGUCCCUUGUAUGCUUUCCCAAUUUGUAUUGUGUACUACCUGCUCUUCAUCCAAACAUGCCUGAUAUUGCUGUAUCACAAUUCACAGAUGUCAAGGAACUCAUAAUCAAAACUGUGUUAAGUUCAGCAAGAGAUGAACCUUCUGGUCCUGCAAGAUGUGUUGCUCUCUGUAGUUUAGGAAUUUGGAUCUGUGAAGAAUUAGUUCAUGAAUCUCAUCAUCCUCAAAUUAAGGAAGCUCUGAAUGUAAUUUGUGUUUCCUUAAAGUUUCCAAAUAAAACUGUAGCUCAUGUGGCUUGCAACAUGCUUCAUAUGCUGAUUCAAUAUGUGCAUAGGCUUCAGAUUUAUCAGCCUGAUUCGCCCUUGAAAAUUAUUCAAAUACUGAUAGCCACUGUUACUCAUCUUUUACCAAGUACAGAAGCUUCAUCUUAUGAAAUUGACAAGAGGUUGGUAGUAUCAUUACUUUUGUGUUUAUUGGACUGGAUCAUGGCCUUGCCUUUAAAAACACUACUCCAGCCAGUUCAUACAACAGGAGCUGAAAAUGAUAAAACUGAAAAGUCUGUCCUCAAUUGCAUUUAUAAGGUUCUUCAUGGGUGUGUUUAUGGCGCUCAAUGUUUCAGCAAUCCUAAGUACUUUCCCCUAAGCCUAUCUGAUUUGGCUUCAAUUGAUUAUGAUCCUUUCAUGCAUUUGGAGAGUCUGAAAGAGCCUGAACCUCUUCAUUCCCCUGAUUCAGAACGAUCUUCAAAACUCCAGCCAGUCACAGAAGAGAUACAAACAUUUCCCCUAAGAACUGCUUUGGCUGUAUCCAUAGCUUUUGUAAAAACCCAGAUUCAACAAGGAUUAAUCUCAGUUGCAGCUCGUACUGUUAUAACACACCUAGUAAACCACUUAGGUCACUAUCCAAUGAAUGGUGGUCCUGCUAUGCUAACAAGUCAGGUUUGUGAAAAUCAUGACAAUCAUUAUAGUGAAAGUUCUGAACUUUCUCCUGAGCUUUUUGAAAGUCCAAAUCUACAGUUUUUUGUAUUGAACAACACAACAUUGGUAUCCUGUAUCCAGAUAAAAUCAGAAGAGAGUAUGCCUGGAGGAGGAUUAUGUGCUGGGCUCACAUCAGCUAAUUCAAAUGUCAGAAUUAUAGUUCGUGAUCUGUCAGGUAAAUAUUCAUGGGACUCUGCCAUCCUUUAUGGACCACCUUCUGUAAAAUAUUCCUCAGAACCAGUGUCAUUCAUGCUUUCAUUGUCUCAUAAAGAGAAGUCAGAAGAUACUUUAAUUUCUAGUGAAUGUCUAGAAGAUAUAACUGUUAGAGAUGGACUUGCACUCCAGAUUAAGAAAAGAUUCAGAGAAACAGUACCAACUUGGGAUACAAUAAGAGAUGAAGAGGAUGUUCUUGAUGAGCUCCUCCAAUAUUUAGGUGUUACUAGUCCUGAAUGCUUACAGAGGACUGGUGUUUCACUCAACAUUCCUGCUCCACAACCUAUAUGCAUCUCUGAAAAACAAGAAAAUGAUGUUAUCAAUGCCAUCCUUAAGCAGUACACAGAGGAGAGGGAAUUUGUUGAGAAGUACUUUAAUGACUUAAAUAUGAAAGCUAUGGAACAGGAAGAACCAAUGCCUCAGAAGCCUCAAUCAGCAUUUUAUUACUGCAGAUUGCUCCUCAAUAUAUUGGGAAUGAAUUCCUGGGACAAAAGGAGGAGCUUUCAUCUCCUCAAGAAAAAUGAAAAGCUACUUAGAGAACUUAGAAAUUUGGACUCAAGACAAUGCCGAGAGACUCACAAGAUUGCUGUAUUUUAUGUGGCUGAAGGACAAGAAGAUAAGCACUCCAUUCUCACUAAUACUGGAGGAAGUCAGGCAUAUGAGGAUUUUGUAGCUGGUCUUGGUUGGGAGGUAAAUCUAACAAAUCAUUGUGGCUUUAUGGGAGGAUUGCAAAAAAACAAAAGCACUGGAUUGACCACUCCAUAUUUUGCUACUUCUACGGUAGAAGUAAUGUUUCAUGUCUCAACACGAAUGCCAUCUGAUUCUGAUGACUCUUUAACCAAAAAAUUGCGACACUUAGGAAAUGAUGAAGUACACAUUGUUUGGUCAGAGCAUACUAGAGAUUAUAGAAGAGGAAUUAUCCCUACAGAAUUUGGUGAUGUCCUUAUUGUAAUAUAUCCAAUGAAAAACCACAUGUUCAGUAUCCAGAUCAUGAAAAAGCCUGAGGUUCCAUUCUUUGGUCCACUCUUUGAUGGUGCUAUUGUAAAUGGGAAAAUCCUUCCCAUUAUGGUUCGAGCAACAGCUAUAAAUGCAAGCCGUGCAUUGAAAUCGUUGAUCCCAUUGUAUCAAAAUUUCUAUGAAGAGAGAGCACGCUACUUGCAAUCUAUUGUCCAGCAUCACUUAGAGCCAACCACAUUUGAGGAUUUUGCUGCACAAGUUUUCUCUCCAGCUCCCUAUCAUCACUCAACAUCUGACACAGAUCAUUAAAUAUCAGUUCUGUUUGUCUGAAGCAUGAACAAGUAGUCCAAAUAGAUGGCAUUGGUGUACACGACUUUGCAUCAUUAAUAGAUAUCCUACAGUGACAUCCAAAAGGAGCAGGAGAAGAAGAAUACAAAAAAAGAUUGAAAUUCCUCACUGAUAAACUUUGUUUUCUAAGUGUCAAAUAAGUUCACAUGAUCUAGAAUACAUUAAUCUAAGGAAAGAAAUAAUAAAGUUGCUAAAGGAUUUAUAGAAAUAAUGGAUUAGUAUUUAGCAAACAGUAGUUAGAUUCUUAUAUCAAAGUAGUCAUUAAAAACCUGAAGAUAAAAAUUUAAGCAUAUUAAAUUAAUAGGUAAAGUCUUAGGAAAAUGAGAAUGAUAUGAAAAUGAAUUAAUGAAAAUUAAUUUAAGGAGACAUAAAAAAAAUUAACAUUAGUUUUGACCAGAUUGCUCUACCACUUGAAAUUAUUCCUCACCUGGGAAAAGAUAAAUAGGAGAAAAUUAUAAAAAUAAAAUAAUAAGUGGAUCCAUGAAUGCUAGUCACAUAUCCUGGCUACUUCUUAUUUUAGUAAGAGAAAAUAAUUUUUGAUGAAUAUCAAACCAUCUUAUUUAAAAUAAAUGAUGAUUUUUGGCAUGUCAGACAUUUAGCCCACAAUUUUACCAAAAUAAAAUGGAAGUGGAUUUUUUUUAAGGAUUCAAUUGGAUACAAAACAAACAAUAUUAAAAAUGUUCAUUUUAAGAGAAAAUUGGGGAAUAGAACUACAAGCUGUUUAAUGAAACAAAUUUAUUUCAAGGAAAAAGUAUUUUUCAUAUAAAUAUCAAAACUGCCAAAAAUUAUUUUCAAUAAAAUAUUGUAUAUUUUAAGCCACUAAAAUUAUCCUUUAAGACUAAACAUUUGAUUAAUGAAAGUCUCAGUUUAACAUAAUGAAAUAAAAAUAAAUUUAGUCACUCCUUCAUCUCCCCCCUUAUCCUCACCAAAAAAAAAAAAAAAAAAAAAGGUGACAGAGCUGUGAUCACUUGAAUUUUUUUUUCCUUUUGACCUUAUUCCCUUUAGAAUGAUACUAGCAGUCUUCUACUGAAGCUAUAACAAAUGGUGCAAGAGGAUACACAUAAUAAAAGUUAAGCCAAAACAAUGAUUACCCACCAGCCUACAGAUUUCAAAAGCAGUGAAUUAGCUGAAAUAUAACAAUUGGCAGUUUUUGUUUUAACUGAAAAUGUGUUGAAUGAAUACAUAAUUGAGAUUCAUAAGUAUCUUAAAGAUAGCAUAUUCACUGAACCAUUACAAUGAAUGUAAUUUUUGACAGAAUUUAUUGUAAUAAUACAUUCUUGUGUACAAUAAAUUGUCAAAAAUUACAUUCAUUGUGAUAUAUAAUUUCUAAUCAUCCCUAUGACAUAAUUUAUUUUCUUUAUUAGUGAUAACAUUUUAAAAAUAGUCAUUUUAAACAUUUAAAUCUAAAAUCAGUAUUUUAACCUAAUUUUUCAAAAUAGGUUCUGUCUAAUCAGUAGAUUGAUAUUUGAGAAAUUGUUUUUAUUACCGAACACAUUGAAUAACUAGUGUGAUGCCAUCCAUGUUCUAUUGGUUUUCCAAUAGCUAGUUUAAAGCAUUAUUAGAUUUUUUCUCUUUUAUUUAAAAAAAAUAUUAUGGGGGAAAUCAUUUUCCCUUUACCUUCAUCUUAGUCAUCUGACAUAUCCUUUUGUCUUCAUCUUAUUCACCUGACACAUGAAUGAAAAUAUUCAAAAUCUUUGCUAUUUUUAUUUAAAGAACCAAUUUAUAAUAUCAAUUUCUAAAUAUUUUCAGUUUCAAUAAAAUUUGAUAUGCAGUUAGAGUGACUGCAAUUCAAAUUAUUCUAGAUAAAAUAUUUUACAGAUUUUAUAAUUAAAUUCAUUCUUCUCUAUAAUGCAAUAAGAUAAUUACCCUGUUCAGAAUUUUCAACUUUGAAAUUUUUCUAUAUUUUUAAAAAUAUUGUAACUUAAUAUCUUUUUGAACUUUGCUUAAGCAAAUAUUUGACCACAUGCUCGUGAGUUUUAGUACUAAAAACACUAAAUUUUUUGUGGCAUUUUUCAAUACCAUUUUUUAAAAACUCUCAAACUUCAGGUUAUUGACAUAUAAGAACACUAUAUGAGUGACACUACAAUUAAUUUUAUAACUUGGAAGUUUACUUACCCUGAGGCCAGUUUAGAUCAAGAGUUAUUAACUUUUUUGUGUUAUGGUCUCCUUUGGCUAUCUGGUAAAGUGCUGAGGUCUCAUAGAACAAUAAAUGAAAUUCAGUAUAUUAAAAUAAAAAUAUAGUUUUUUUCCCCAUUCUAGUUCACAGUCCCUCUGAUUAGGUUGUGAAGUUGUGAAUUUUAAAAAAUAACUCUAGAAUCACAGAAUUUGAGAGUUGGAGGAAACCUCAAAAGCCAUCUACAUACACAAAAAGAAUCCUCACUAUGACUCAUCCAACUUUUGCAAUUGUUAGGAAGUUUUUCCUAAAAUCAAGCUUAAAUUGUUUCUUGGCAACUCUACCCAUUAUUCCUUGUUUUGCCCCUUGAGAUAAAAGAGAACAAAGCUAAUCCCUCUUCCCCAUGAAAUCCCUUCAUAUACAUAGCUAUAUCAUCCAUUGAAUCUUCUUUUCUUCAGAUUAAACAUGUCCAGUCUGAUCUUCAUAUAUCAUGCCUCAACAUUAAGGAAACUCCAGUUUUACCAAUGUUCUUAAACAAUGGUGUUAAGAAUAAACACACAAUAUCCUAGAUGAGUGCUGCCAUAAGAGCAAAGUAUUGUGGGACUAUCACUUCCUUUGUCCUAGAGGCUAUGCCUCUCAAUGCAACCUAGCAUCACAUUAGAUUUUUUUAUUUUUGAUUGCUACAUUAUAUUGCUAAGUCAUAUUAAACUUGAAGUACAGUUUAAAAAAUCCACCUCUUUUUCAGAAAAACUCCCCCAUCUUAUAUUUGUAGUGUUGAUUUAAAAAAAAAUUUUUUUUACUUGAAUGCAAGAAUCUACAUUGAUCCCAGUUGAAUUUCAUCUCAUUGGAUUGUACCUAAUGCUCUUAGAGAGGUCCUUACUGUCAUCUACUCUGUUACUUGUCUUAUUCCUUACAGCUUUCUGUCAUCUAGAAAUUUGUUUAGCAUACUAUAUAUUAUCAAUAUGCUAUAUAUAGUGUAUGCUGCCUUUAUUCAAAUCAUUGAUAAAAGAUGUUAAAUAACAAGGAUAGGACAGAUCCUUGGAGUACUCUCCUAAAGAAAUCCUGUGAUACAGACAUUGACAUCAAACCAUUUCUGACUCAAUCUGUUAGUAUCUAAUUUAUAUCUAUCUUGUUUAGCAGAAGAGUAUGAAAUAUUUUAUCAAAAAGUGUUGCUAACAUCUACACAAAUUAUAUUUAACAGCAUUCCUCUCAACUGCUUUAAUAAUCCUUUCAAAAAAGGAAAUUAGGUUAUUCUGGCAUGACCUAUUUUAGAUGUGAUCCAUGUUGGCCUUCUGCAGUCACCACUUCCAUUUCUAAAUUCUGGGCAUCAGUCUUUAAUAAUUUCUUCUAGAUUUUUCCAAAGAAUCAAAAUCAUACACAGGCCUCUUAUUUGCAUGCUGUACUCUUCCUUCUUAAAAAAUUUGACAUUUUCCCUUCUUCAAUCUUGUGGUGCUUCUCCCAUUUAAUUUAAUCUUUGAAGAGUCAUGGAGAGAGACCCCACAAUCAUAUCUGUCAAUUCUUUCAGAAAUUGAAGAUUUAUCUCAGUUAGGGGUCAAAGACAGCUAAAUGCUAUCUUCCUAUAUGUAUAUCUGUCUUGAUUAUCAUCUCCCCGCUAGCCAUUUUUGUGCUAUCAUUUCAUGUGUAAAGAUCUUUCUCCAUUGCAGACAAAAAAAAAAAAAAAAAAAAAAAAA